AUGGCUGGUUUCCUGCAACCGAGAGGUUCUGUUGCAAGCGUAAUCAAACUGGCAUUCCGAUCUACCCAUUUUCUCCCUACACGAGCCCCAUCUUCAUAUCUACGACGCGCAUUUUCCGUCUCCUCAAGUUUACCCAUGUUAUCUACAGAGCUGACUGAGGCGCAAGUGUCGGCUUUGAGAGCCAAUAAAGAACGCCUUGCAGAAGACCUUCAUCACACCUGUCAAUGGGGGUACGGAAUUCGCUGGGGAGAUGGCCACACGGACACAGGUAUGCAGCGCUUAGCGCUGUCACAGGAGGAUAAGCAAGUACGGGACUGGUUCAUUGAGACGACAAAAGCUCUGGGAUGCAAAGUCACGGUCGACGCAAUGGGCAACAUCUUCGCUGUCCGUCCUGGGCGCAGAUCUGAUGUACCCGCGACUUUCAUCGGUAGUCACCUGGAUACGCAACCAACAGGUGGAAGGUAUGACGGAAUCCUGGGUGUACUCUCCGGCAUAGAGACCCUGAAGACCCUAAACGAUCUGGGACUGGAAACCGAGGGUGGUGUUGGCGUUGUCAACUGGACUAACGAGGAGGGCGCCCGGUUCCCUAUCAGUAUGGUCUCCUCUGGAGUAUGGGCAGAAUGCAUUCCUCUUGAGAAAGCACAUGCGUUGAAAGAAGUGCCUACUGUCGCCUCCCUUCCAACUGCAGCUUCUGCUCCGGAGUCCAUGAAGUCAGCACUCGAGAAGAUCGACUAUCUAGGAAGCGUUCCGUGCUCAUACAAAGAGACUCCCAUGGCCGCCCACUUUGAGCUGCACAUCGAACAAGGUCCUCAUCUGAUCACUGCAGGCCAGCAGAUCGGCGUCGUAACAGCUGUCCAAGCAUACCGGUGGUUCCGCCUUAACAUCUUCGGCAGGGACACGCACACAGGCACCACUGCAUUUGAGCACCGCGCCGACGCGCUCUAUGCGUUCGCGCGCAUGAUGGUGCGCGCCCGCGAAGUUGCCGCCUCGCAAGGCUGCUUGGCAAGCGUGGGCAUCAUUGAAGCCAAACCCGGCAGCGUAAAUACCGUUCCCGGCACCGUAAGCUUUAGUCUCGAUCUCCGGGGUCCGAAGACCGAACUUGUCGAGGUCGUUGAAGCCCAGCUGCGCAAGGAUUUUGACGCAAUUGCUGCAGAGGAAGGAAAGGGCAUCGGCAAGCCUUGCCGUGUGGAGUGGACGUUGGACUUCGAUUCGCCCGCCGUCAACUUCCACCCUGAUUGCAUCGAGUGUGUGCAGCAGUCUGCGGAGGCGGUCACGGCUGAUGCUGGUGUUGCGGACCCGAAGUCUCUCGUCAGAACAAUUAUGAGUGGUGCUGGGCAUGAUAGCGUGUUUACCUCAAAGAGGGUUCCGACUAGCAUGAUCUUUGUUCCGUGCAAGGAUGGGUUGAGCCAUCAUCCUGAGGAGUUCUGUUCUGCCGAUGAUUGUGCCAGAGGAACCUCUAUCAUUCUGCAGGCAGUUGUUCGGUAUGACCGAAAGCGGUUCUCAUCGUAG